GGUGUUCUUAUUAUUAUGAAACUUUCCACGUAAUAGGGAAGCUAAAUCGAUGAAUUUAGAAAUUUUUCGUUACGGCCCAAAAAUGGUUCUAAACAGCGAAAUCACUCCUUGGUGCAGUCCUACGUCCCACGUAGAGAAAGAAGCGGAACGGAAAGCAAGCACAGUGAGGGGUACAAUGGAGCCUGAUCAGGGCGGACUACGCGUCGACGGCAGACGAGCGUUGGAAUUGAGGCAAAUCCGUAUGCGAAUGGGAGUAUUCGGGCAGGCCGACGGCAGUACGUACAUCGAGCAUGGCAACACGAAAGUUUUAGCCACGGUGUAUGGUCCUCAUCAGCCAAGAAGCAGUGCAUCAAGGAGCAGCACAAAAGCUAUCAUAAAUUGUCAAUACAGCAUGGCCGUGUUUAGCUUUACCUCCGGCGAACGAAAACGAAGACCCAGAGGAGAUUGGAAGUCACAAGAAAGAUCGGUGCAAUUGCGUCACGCAAUGGAGGCCAUAAUACACUUGGAGCUGUAUCCGCGCUCUCAGAUUGAUGUCUUUGUAGAGGUUCUACAGGUUGACGGCAGUGACUAUUGCGCAUCUGUGAAUGCUGCAACGCUUGCGUUGAUCGACGCCGGAAUUCCAAUCAAGAACUAUGCCAUUGGCUGUACCGUAACUCUCGUCAACAAGCUAUCAACAGAAGACGAAGAUAAAACAUUAGCAACAGGAGUACUAGACGCAAACUUUGUAGAGGAGUGUUCGCCAGGAGUUACUUUGUCCGUUGUCGCGUUACCAGGAACGAAUAAUGAGAUUGAAGUGGAUGGGAAUGGCUUGAUAGUAAUAGCACAUGGGGCAGGACAGAGAUUACAUUUGUCACGUUUGGAAGCGCUCAAACAACGUGCAUUACAAGGUUGCCAGGACGUAAAGAACAUAUUGGAUCGUGGUGUGAGGCAUCAUCUAACUGCGAAUCUAUUGCCUUCUUUUCUGCAUAAUUCACUCGACUAGCAAAAAGGAAACAAUUUCACAGAACUCAGAUGAACUGGAGAUCCGGA